CCGAAGACGAGAUGUGCAACUUCUACAUGAUGUACUGGACGGACGGCGCGCCGCUGUCCCGUAGCAGCUGCUUCAGCUGGGGCCCGCCGUUCUCCUACUGGCACCGGCUGCCGCUCGGUCUGUCCCGCCUCUUCAGCUACCCCUGGCUGACGCAGAUACCGGAUGAAGAGCGAGCCUCGGCCAUCAGCAGAGAGGAGCUGAAAAAGUACUUCACCGGCCGCAUGAUCGGCGCCUAGACCAGUGGCUAGGCGGGCAGUGGUCGGUGGUCAAGUUCUUGUAACACUCACUUUCGUUGGUGUUGGCGAGUUGAGGGCGUUGGUAGGCGCCUUACGCUGAAAUCUUCAGCAUAAUAGUUGCAUAUAAAUGGCUAUGUCAUGGCAGCUAAUGUCAC